UAAUACAGUAAGUGUAUGUGACUAGUAUUUUUGAAUUGGUUGUUAUAAAGAUUUUCUGUUUUUCUGCUGUCAGACUUACUUGUAACUUGUACACCCGAGGUCAUUUAGCAAAUAUGUGUUCCACUUCUGUUGAGUCCGAUGAAAUCAUCCAAGAAUUUAUGAAUAUACCAGAGUUUGAAAUUGAAGAAAGCAUUGAUACAGAAAUAGGUUUGGGAUCACAGGAAACUUGUGCAUGUCAACCUGAAAAACUGUUAAAAGAAAUAAUGAAAAAAUUGGAUCCUUCAAAAGAACUUACAAAUCAUGGAGAGGUAUUUGCCAAAAAGUGGAUAGCAAAUGCAAAUUGCAGUAAAAACAUUGACAUUCUCGAAAUUAAUAUUGCAGACUAUCCAUCCAUAUGUCAUGAUAGUGAUCGUUUUUUUAAUCCAGCACCUUCAGAUAAAUUCAGUGGGCCGCAUUUGUUGUUAAUGCUUAUUAAAGAAUGUUCAAAAAGUACAAGAAAAAUUGAAAGCUCUUCUGGACUAACUUAUAAAGGCAUUAGUGAAGUGGAAAACGAUGGAAUUGAGUAUUUGGCUGGUUACACUGUUAUGAAAGCUUCAAAAAAGUUUGGAUCCGAAAUGUUGCGCAGUGAUUUAAAACGCAAAACAAAAUAAAGCUUACUUUUUGAGA